AUGUUCCACACCAACACCUGUGAUAUUGAGAACCACACAACAUUCACGUAUACCAGGCUUCUCAAAAAGCUUCAGAAAACAUUUAAAAAACUUCAAUUUUACGUCGAGCCAGAAAUGUCGUUUGUACAACAGAAAAGCACAUUCACAAAGAAGACAAAUGGCAAAGAGGCAAUUCACUCAAUUGGAUUUUGGCGCAGCAAAGAACACGUUUUUGUGAGGCACACCAAAACAUCAGUCGUUUUUGAAAGAACUCCAAUUUAUUACUUUGAAGUCACUUUACAAGAAAUUGUAGCAAAAGAUGUUGGACGUUCUAUGGUAGUCUCAAUGGGCGUUUCAGAAACUAAUUUGAACCUCCCAAUUUGUAGAAAUCAUGUUGGGUGGAAAGAAGGCGCUGUUGGAAUGCACUCGGAUGAUGGAAAGAUGUAUAACAUGAAAGGAACAGGAGAAAAUAUAACUGAAAGAUUUAAAAAUGGAGGUGUCAUGGGAUGUGGGUAUUUGGCUGAUAAGAAAAUGAUAUUUUUCACAAAGAAUGGGCACUUCUUGCUGGCUGUGUCAUAUGAUAGAAGAAGGUUUAGACCAUCAAUUGUAUGUGAUGGAAUGGGUGAGAUUGAUGUCAAUUGGGGUCUCAAGAAGUUUGAAUUUGAUUUUGAUGAUAUACCCGAACAAAAUAUUGAAUCAAACAUUCAAAAAUAA